CUCCCUCCUCUCUUACCGACCGCCAUAUUGUUUGCGAUACUUCGGUGUGCACGUCGGUGUGUUCCUCGCCGUCCUCGCCAGCAGCGUGUGUCGCCCGCGUAACGGACGCUCUCUUCCCCGCGGAUCGUGUCACGGAAAAUCGGCAAACAUUUCGCGUAAAGGACAAGAUAGCAUGAAGAAGAUUAAGGAUUACUCGGACGAGGACGAUUACGAGGUGGACAAUCCGGACUAUCCGGAGGUCGAGGGCACCUCCGAGGAGGAAUGGACCCCGGAGCCCGGAACUGAGGCUGGCACUAAAAUAAGGCCACAGAGAGGACCGAAAAAGCGACAGCAUUCUGAAGAGGAGGACGAAGAGGAGGAGGAAGAGUUCGAGGAGGAAGAGGACGAAGAGGACGAAGAAUCUGAUUCUGAUGGAGGAAAAAAGUCAAAGAGGAAAAGGCGUUCCAAGAAGGACGAUGACGACAAGGAGGACGAGGAAGACGACGAUUCCGACGACAACAGUUUCAAUGAAUCCGGAGACCCCCCAAAGGAAUACACAUCUGGUUCGUUCGUUCUUGCAAAAGCCGACCUUGAAUCUAAUAAGAAUAAGGAAGAUAACUUAUCCAGUAAGGGUAAAUCCGACGUCGAGUCGAGCACUCAUCCAACCUUGUGGAGGAUAGAUGGGAAAGCGUUGCUCCAAAAGUUUCUGCCGUUCGAGGAAGAUGGAAAAUUAUUGUACAAAAGCACAACGACGUAUUCUGGUUGGCAACAGAGUAACAAAGACAAUUACAUAGCCGUACAGGUAUCCUUUAAAGUGCAAAGUAGACAAGAGACAAUUGUUGAGCUUCAUUAUGAUCCAUCGCAACCACAAGAAGUUGUGAAAGAUGAUAAAGAAGACUAAAUUAGAUCGAGAGUUUGCCCCUGUUUGUUCAUAUACGUCUUAAGGAAAAACAUAUGUUGUGUAAGGAAAGAGGGGAAAGGAGAAACAUCCACGUCUACAUGUACACUACCCACGAAACAUAUUUACAAUGUACACAUACACACGGAGGACGAAGUUUGUGACAUGGUACUUGUAGCAGGUUCAUAUUUAAAAUAUAAGAUUGGAUGGACCAUGAGGCUCUUUGAGUUUAUUACUGGGGGUACACACGGCUUCAGCUCUAUCGAUAUCUCCCGACAGGAAUAUAGCGUGUGAGCUUCAAUUACCAAGAGAGCUAUAGAGCUCGCAGGCAUGCAUCGUAUUUACGGAGUUUAGUAAAGCGUAACACACACACACAUACACAUACACACAUACGAAUGAUUUGAGAAAUGUUUUAUGUCUUCGACAGAAAAUUCAAUGUUACCCUAGCGUAAAAGAAGGAUGCAUGUUGGUGUUCGAUUUUUCUUUUUACGAUAUCACUGUUAGUCUGUUCGUGAAGUUAAACUCUCUAUUUUGCAGAGCAUUGGCCUUUGUCACCCUACGCGGUUAUUUCAGGCGCGCCCGUAGUAGUCAAAAACAAAUCCGUCACUCUAGCAUUACAGCAAGAAGAGAGAGAGAGAGACAAUUUUACAUUUUGAAUGGAAAGAAACGGUGUGAAAAGAGGGACAAUCUCACAGUUGAAUGCAAAGAAACGGCGUGAAAAAUUAAGUUACAUUGUUUAAUUAUAAACAUAACUGUAGUACGUAUUUUCGUUCGAAUUAGAUUUAGAGGAAACUAAGAAAAAAAGACUAGUUAAUAUCCAAAGAUAGAAAGAAUAAGGAACUUCGCGGGAAACCUUUCUUAACGGUUUCCCAUAGCUGCUACGGGCGACGCCGGGCCAGUUUCUUGUGUGUCGCUUAAUCAUAAGAUGUAACAAAAACUAGCAAACACUUCCAGUAAUCGACAACCUGCAUUCGUAUAUUUUAUCGGAACUUGUAAAGGGGAUCAGUUGUACAAAGAGUUAACUUAUAUAUUAUUGAUGUAUUUUCGUCUUGUUAUUAAGACUAAUUCGAUCUCGUGGUAAAAAUCUACGAAAAUCCUGGCGUUACCUACCUUUGCGUUACUUCGCACGUCGAUUUCUACGAUACGUAUAGACUCGCGAUUAUUUAUCACAAGUAAGAAUACAUUUGAAGUGGGUACUUUGAUAGUUUUGUAGUAUAAAGUUUGUUUGUUUUUACGAAGUGUUGUAAACGGUACAUUUAGCAGCAUGUUUAGCUGAUACAAUUCGAUAGAUGGCGAAUAAUAUUAUGCGGAUUGAUACGCGUUGAAAAAAGAAAAGGAAGAUACAAAACUCAAUUGCGGUAAAUAUUUAUUGAGUUCUCUCCACAAUUGUACAUUGUAUCUUAAGAACUACCGGCGUUUCUAUUCUGUUUAUAAUUAUAUAAUUACUUUCCGCGUACUUUACAUAAGUAAUACGUAUCUUGGUAGGAUUUCAUCGUUUGAUAUUGUGUAAGAGGUCAGAAAAUAUAUCAUAGAUAGACUGAUUUAUCAUGUAAAAGUGGAUGUUCAUUAUGGAAAAAUCUUACGUAAAUGUUAACGUUCCAAAGUUUUGGAUUUGUAUUGAUUAUUUUUUUUUUUUAGAGCAAUCUUGUAUUUCUGUACUAUAAUUUUACUAUAUCAGUGACAAAAUAAAAAGAAUUUUUCUUUAUUAA